UGCCAGGAGGUGAUCGCUGGAUGUGUUGACAGUUGUACAAAAUGUGGUGCGGCUUUAAAAGUCACCAGUGGUAUAACGGGUCUUAAGUUGCUUCAACAAAGUGGCUAAUUUCUACUAUAAAGCGGGUACUUUCUAGUUUACGGAGAAGUCUUUUUUUUUUUCUUUGUUGGAAGAAAGGGGGAAAGGAGUAUUAGAAUAUCCGUGCUUUAAAAUAGGAGUAGAAAUGAAAACUUUACAUCACUAACGUAACAAUUUAUUUUCAGUUAACCGAUGCGUAGAUCUCUUGCUUUGGGGCGGAAACGAGUUUACCAAAAAACAGGUUAGAGGGCAGGGGAGGGAGUCUCAUAUAUAUAGCCGUGGUUUAGAUCUGCCUGUAACCUAAAGGGAAGUAAAUCAAGUAGACUGUGUUCGAGUUGGACCUUUACAGGAUCCUGGCAAGGUUCACAGGGCCCUUUCUCGGCCGACGAAGCAGCGUGAGCAGAGGCAGGGAGGCCUUGUAGGGUGGGUAUAACCCAUGUAUAGAGAUCAUUGAACAGCCCAGGCAGAGGGGCAUGCGUUUUAGAUACAAAUGUGAAGGGCGAUCAGCAGGCAGCAUUCCAGGGGAGCACAGCACAGAGAACAACCGAACAUACCCAUCUAUCCAGAUUAUGAACUAUUACGGAAAGGGAAAAGUGAGAAUUACAUUAGUAACAAAGAACGACCCAUAUAAACCUCAUCCUCAUGAUUUAGUAGGAAAAGACUGCAGAGAUGGCUACUAUGAAGCAGAAUUUGGACAAGAACGCAGACCCUUGUUUUUUCAAAAUUUGGGCAUUCGUUGUGUAAAGAAAAAAGAAGUAAAAGAAGCUAUUAUUUCAAGAAUAAGGGCAGGAAUCAAUCCUUUCAAUGUCCCUGAACAGCAGCUGCUUGAUAUUGAAGAUUGUGACCUCAAUGUGGUGAGAUUAUGUUUUCAAGUUUUCCUCCCUGAUGAACAUGGUAAUUUGACAACGGCUCUACCUCCUGUUGUCUCUAACCCAAUUUAUGACAACCGUGCUCCUAAUACUGCAGAAUUAAGGAUUUGUCGUGUAAACAAGAACUGUGGAAGUGUCAGAGGUGGUGAUGAAAUAUUUCUACUAUGUGAUAAAGUUCAGAAAGAUGACAUAGAAGUUCGGUUUGUGUUGAACGAUUGGGAAGCAAAAGGUAUCUUUUCACAAGCUGAUGUACACCGUCAAGUAGCCAUUGUUUUUAAGACUCCACCAUAUUGCAGAGCGAUAACAGAACCAGUGACAGUAAAAAUGCAGUUGCGGAGACCUUCUGACCAGGAAGUUAGUGAAUCUAUGGAUUUUAGAUACCUGCCAGAUGAAAAAGAUACUUACGGUAAUAAAGCAAAGAAACAAAAAACAACUCUACUUUUCCAGAAACUGUGGCAAGACUGCGCAGUUAAUUUUCCUGAAAGACCUAGACCUGGUACCCUAGUAUCAACUGGAGAAGGAAGAUUCAUCAAAAAAGAAUCUGGAAACUUUUCUCAUGGUGCAGUUUUGACAGAAAUGCCCAGGACUUCAGGUGUUUCAAGUCAAGGAGAUUCCUAUUAUUCCUCACCUGUGUCCAUCUCAAAUGCACUGUCACAUCAUACUUCACCCAUACCUUCAAUGGUGUCUCAGCCUUCUUCCAGCUGGUCGUCAGGGGCCCACCCCACCUCGCGCACAGUCAGUACGAAUCCACUGAGUGGUUUUUCAACAGGGACACUUCCCUCUAAUCCACAAGGUAUCUCGCCAUAUCUGGAAAUGCCACUUGAGCGUGAUUUGAAUGCCUCUAAUGCUUGUAUUUAUAACAAUUCGAAUGACAUAGGCAGAAUGGAAGCACCAUCCAUGUCACCAGCUGAUUUAUAUGGUAUUUCUGAUGGCAACAUGCUGCCGAAUUGCCCUAUGAAUAUGAUAACACCUAGUAAUGACAGCAUGAGGGAGACUGAUAAUCCAAGACUUGUGAGCAUGAAUCUUGAAAACCCCUCAUGUAAUUCGGUGUUAGACCCGAGAGACUUGAGACAGCUCCAUCAGAUGUCCUCUCCCAGUAUGCCAGCAGGCGCUGGCUCCAGUACGGCUGCGUUUGUUCCACAGCCAGAGGCAUUUGAGAGAUCUGACUUCAACUGCACAGGUAACAGUAUGAUAAAUGAGGCAGGACCAUCAAACAGUACUAAUCCAAACAGUCAUGGUUUUGUUCAUAGUCAGUAUUCUAGUAUUGGCGCUAUGCAGAAUGAGCAAUUAGGUGACUCAUUUGCAUUUGAUUUUUUUCAAGGUAACUUGUAAAACUUAAUUGGUUGUUUGGGUAUAUUGAAUUCAAAGCUGAAAAGUAUCAUAUAGGGGAAAUUCUGAAAUAGAAACUUAAAAACUGUUUCUUCUUUCGGAAACAUGUGACCCGAUAACUGUGUGCUGUGGAAUUUGUCUUUAGAGUCCUUUACCCCAUUUUGCUAGUACAGAAUGAGGAGAAAAUGAGAGCAAGGCUCCAGUUCUUCAAAAUACAAUUUUUUUAUACUUCUUUUAUAUUGUAUUAAUGUAUUCUUAGUUAAAUGAAUUAACUGAUAUUUGCUUUUAAGCAAAUUUAAGGUAAAACCUGUAAUGACUGUGUCAUUAGAAAAAUGAUUUCCUUAUUAUUUUUGAGACCCAUAGGCCAAGGUGACCCCUAAGGGGUUUUCUGAGGCUUCUUGGAGUUUCUUAGAUUUAUAUGUAAAUCAACAAUCUUUAAAAUCUUUAAGAAUCUAACUUGGCAGGGGGUGCCUGGGUGGCUCAGCCGGUGAAGUGUCUGCCUUCA